CUAUUUAAAAGGACAUUGCGAUGGAACAAAAAAUCUCAUUAUAACAAAAAUAAAUGCAGAGAGAUUCGUGUUAACACCAGUCGCACAGAAACUUUUGUUUCACAAUGAGGCACAAAAAUAACGGCUUUACCAUAAUCAACGUAUGAUCAAGUCAAAGCAAUGUUAGCAACAAUCCCAACUAGUGGUAUGUUCACUGUUGAUACACUUUGUAGACUGUCCUUGUCCGUUAUUAUAUUUGGGUGGAGUCUAGUCACGAGACUAGUCAUCUGAUUUUCCCGAUCACGUCACCACUGAGCCAGCGAGCGAACCGGAAGUUUGAAAGGUUGCACUGACAAGGUCCUCGCUAAGGCCACGGGUGUCAUACCCGAUAUCAAGGUACAUACCUCUAGGUACUACACUGGAAUGUCGAGGCAGGAUCAAACUGUUCCUGAGUUGUUUACCCCGGGGUGCACAGAUGUGUCAUAUCAUAUUUGUUAUCUGCUUUCAUGUUGUUAGAAGGAAGUCAUAAUAUUUUUUUAAUGUUAAGUCCAUUUAUUUUUCCUACAGAAUUAUAGCAGCCUACCCAAACUGUACACUUUUGAAAGUUGAAAAUCUUGAACCAAAAUGAUUUAGAGAGCCGAUGUCUAAUAAAAAAGCCGAUUGAGGUUCAAGCAGAAAUUGUCAGUGGACUGAAGUUUGCUGAAGGUGGCUUGUAUCACAAGGGCAGGCAGGUGGAUGCUGUGACCAUACACCAGGCUCUGGCUGAGUUCCUGGAGUUUCUAGGCGAUGAGCCUGUCACACUGUUUGGUCACAACUGUAAACGGUUUGGUUGUCUCGUUCUCUUCAACGCCGCAAAAUCCUGUGACAGGAUGGUGGACUUGGAGAAGAAGGUGACAGGCUAUGUGGACACCCUGCCUCUGUUCAGAGAUGUCUUCCCGGGCCUGCCAUCCUACAGGCAGAUCACUCUGUACCAACAUCUCUUCAGGGAGUCCUACGCCGCUCACGUGGGCAUGAAUGACGUCACAUCGUUAAAGCGAAUUCUGGACCUGCAAAGAUUCUCCGCUGAUAUGUCAACAGACAGAGAUAACAUAUCAACAUCUGCACCUAUAUAAGGCUUGUGAAUGAAGCAAAUCUCUCUAACUCUGGGCAAAUUCAAAUCAGCCAUAUUUCUGGAAGCCACUGGCGGAAGUAUAAAAAGUUUGAGAGUUCUUGUUUACUCAUAUUUCACAGAUGAAUCAGGAUAAGGAGCUAUGGGAGCUCGAGGACUGGUACCCACCUCUAUGCCCACCGGAGACCCUCAAGGAGGACCUACUCCGAGAUGAAGACUUCACCGAGGUGGACAAGGACGCUCGGGCGAACCUUGAUUUACCAAUGAACAGUUUCGACCAACUUGUCCAGCACCUCACCAGCCAUUUGAGCUCCGAUCUACACAAGUUAAGAGCAAUUUUUGUGUGGAUGGGCGCUCAGAACAUAGGAUGUCGACAAGAGACAGGCAGCUGUGGAGACAACAACAGUCCAGACUAUUACCUACAGGAGGCAUCAAAAGUCAAAGCGUUAAUCGGUAAAAUGUUCGCCAAGAUGUGCAGAGCUGCAAGAAUCCCAUGCGUUCUUGUGAGUGGAAAGGCAAAAGGUACAACCUACGAGCCAGGUGAUGUUGAGAUAAAAGGAGAAAAUACCUGGGCAGUUGUUUACGUGGCAAACAGCUGGCGGUUCGUGUAUCCUCACUGGGCCUUUGUAACAGCAAGUGGUUACCAAAAGGAAAAUUUUGUGCUGGUUGAGGAUUCCGGAACACCAAUUAGAACAAGUCUCGCAGCAAAUGUCGGUACCACGAGACCCGAUUUUGAUGAAUUUUAUUUCCUGACUGAUCCUGAAGUGAUGAAUUACAUCUGUCACCCAAAUGACAAAGAAAAGCAAUUGCUGACUGAACCAUGGACACAAGAGAAGUUCGUUGAGUCGCCUCGCUUUCGUGAUCUGUAUUUUUCGUCUGGAUGGAAGCUGAUCAACCCGUUCACUUGCGUGAUCAAGUCUACAACUGGAUGGUGUUUGAUCGACAUUUUUAGUCCAGGAGCUGGUUAUAAACUGAAGUACAAGAUGCUUUUCGACAAAGGUCGUUCAGGAAGAACAUUCCCAGAUGAGAUACAAACAGGACACUACGUAAAUAUAAUAAGGCGGACUCAGCAGACGGACUCAUUUCUGGUCAGACUUCCAGUAACAGGAACAUACAAAUUUAUAGCACUAGGAGCUCAUGGAAAUACAACCUUUCGCCUAGUCGAAUUUCAGAUCGUCUGUGAUGAUGUUGCUCCAAAAACACAUCCCUUGCCGUCCUACCCAAAAAACGUGUUUGGCUUUGGUGAAGCAGCUGCUGAAGCUGGUUUGUCGGAGCCUUCCCACACGGAAGGGGUUGUGCCUGUCAAAAGUGGUGACGAGGUCAGCAUCCACUUCAAGGUUAAAGAUGACGUGGACAUCUCGGCCAGACUGGUCCACUCAACUCGGACACCAGAAGAACUUCGGGACAAUGUCAUCGUGAAGAGAGAAGGCGAUAACGUAACGGUCACGGCGAGACUGCCGGCAGACGACCCAACACCAGAGUAUUUCAUUGAAGUCGAUACUAUAAAAAACAUAAAAGAAAAAGAUGAAUCAAUAAAACCGUUGUUUUGUUCUAAGGUUGUGAGCUACUUGCUGACCAGCGAUGAAACACUGAAUGCAGUAAUCACGGACGAAGACACAAAGAAAACAUUACAGUUCCACGAAGAAGCAUGGGUCUCUGUUGGCAACGAUGACGCGGAGAUGUUAGAGAAAGUUGCCUCAAGGGGCGAGAGGGCUGAUAUUAAAGACCCGAUGUUAGAAAAAAAAAUACGAGACAGAGAAAAGUGGUACAAACAGAUGAUAGAGGAUGUGCGUGGUUCUGUACAGGAAAGAAACUUCGAUCAGCUGAAUCGGAGCCUCAAAAACUGCGAGGCUGCAAACCUUCAGAACAAAGUAGAACUUGAGGACGCCAAGAAAAUUCUAGUGGCAUUGUGUCAGGAGGAAAUGGAGAAGGCCGUUAAAAGUAAUAACUCGGAGGAACUCCGUGCAUGCUUCAAGAAAAUAGACAACACCUGUGUCAGUCAAAUGGCUCGGGAACAGGCUUGGUUCGAAGAGGGCCAGGAAGAAAUGAAAAAGAUGGUGCAGUCCCUCAGGAAAAAAGACGAGGCGACUGAGGGAAGACUUCCAGACCACGUCAAUGACGUCAUCGCCGCAGCCUUCAUUCUGAUUGGAGAAAGCGAGGAAGAACUUGACACGUGGCACAAGGUCAGUGCAAAACUGAAGGAAACGAACGAAGAACAACUGUUAAAUACAGUGUACAGUUUGGACAAUCUUUCGAUUACCCGAGAGCGGGUGGAUCUGGCGGAAAAGAAGCUGGAAGGAGCUCGUGGAACGUUUGCCGAGUACAGGUCAAUAGAAACACUCAAGAAACAGUGCUUGAAGAAGAUCACCUUUUACCGGACUAAAGGAAGUCUCAAAAAGAGGAACUAACGCCGUGCCCAGUGAUAACACAAAAGGUACAGGAAAAGGCUUUGACUUGUCUCCCGUACUCGUGAACAAGUCAGAAAUGCUUUGGUAAGAUUGUCUUCUAAUCCUAAUCAUUUUUUUAAGAAGAACAUAUUUAAGUGACUUUAUCGCUUACCAACACCCGGUCUUGUUUACUAGCAAGAGCCUAAAAGACUUUUGUCUUUUGGCUUUCGUACAGACACCACUUUUGGCUGUUUACAGGUUUUAUUUUACAAAAUGUACAUGUGUGCUGAUUGUAUUAUAUUAUAUUAUGUUAUGUUAUGUCGUGUCAUGUCAUAUUAUAUUAUCUUACCAUUUAUUCAAGAUAAAAUUCCUUGAUCCACAUAAUUAAAAUGUACGUAAUGGCUGCAUGUUUUAAGAACCAAUAUACUUCCUGUUUUCCCGCUGUGUUUCUUUGGUUUAUUGGUGUUGUUAGAUUAUCUGUAUAUUAUCAAUCUGUACCUAAUUUUUUUUUUCUCUUGUUGCCUCUAAGUGUUUAUAGCGGAACAGGUUGAGGAAGAGGGGUCCGUGUACUGUGACUUAUCUAUGCUUGAUUCGAUAAUGAUAACAGUGUUGUUUGGCGACUUGUGUAUUUUGACCUUACAGAGAAUGUUUUUAGAAUGGCCAGAUAGUUUUGAGGUUAAAUGUUGUUUCAGUAGCCGAGGUAGAGUGAUAUUUAUGUGAUGUUAUUUACUGGUAGAUAUAUUGGUAGAUUUACUUUAUCUUCUUGGCAUAGAAAUGUUUUAAUAAUGCUGUCUAUUUUAUGCUAUCGGAGUUGCGAUAUUAAGAAAAUAAUAAGUAAUCGAAUGUCUUUGUUAAGAAAUGAAUGUAAAUUAUUGUAUGAAUCUCCAUAUCCUUUAAUUUACGCAUUGGUCAGUCAAUCAACCAAUAAAUCAAUCCGAAACAUAACUGUCGGAACGGAUUAAGUUAGCUGCCCAAGAACAAACAUCAUUAUUCUCAGUCUCAUUUUAGCAUUUAUCUACUAAUGCUCUCAUUCUGAUAAGAAAUCCGUACAUACCGCUGUCUUUUCCACAAGAGACAAAAACGUCUAGACUAUUCGUGUUUAGUCACGAGACUAGUCACGUGAUUUCCCCAUCACGUGACGAAUGAGCCAGCCAGCAAACCUAACGAACAAGGUCAUCGCAAAAGCUGACCCGGAAUGGACUUUACUCGACCAGAUUGAAAUGUCGAGACAGGAUUGAAGUUUGACUGAGAUGUUUUCCUUGAGGAGUCUACUUUCUUUUUGUUAUGAUUAGAAUUGUUUGUUUGGAUGCACAUACUUUGUUAAAGAAAGCGGAUAUCAGUGAAAGAGUGGAGCGAGUGUGUGUGGCACAUACAGGUUAAUGAGACAAAUGCGUGUGCGGACGUUUCGCCGCAUUAUGUCACAGAGAGAGACAGAGAGAGCUUACUUACUUCCCAAAGAAUGAAAGUAACUACUAGAUUACACAAUAAUUCUUUAUUUCAAACA